CGUCGCGUGCGAUCAGUGUGAAAAAAUGCAGCGACUGGGACGUUUCUUGCGCUUGGCCAACGUGCAACAGCAAUUGCGACGACAGCUGUCGGUUGUUGCCUCAUCUGCUUGUGGCGAUGCGCUGCCUGACCGCUGUGAUGUGCUCAUCAUUGGCGGCGGAGGCAUGGGCGCCUCCUCGGCCUAUUGGCUGAAAUGUAAAACGCAAAACCAGAAACUCAGCGUGCUCGUUGUGGAGCGUGAUGCAUGCUAUACCAGCGCCUCCACUGUGCUCUCUGUGGGUGGCGUGCGUCAACAGUUCUCGCUGGCCGAGAACAUACAGAUGUCGCUGUUCGGCUAUGAUUUCAUCUCGAAUGGCCGCAGCCACUUGGGCGAUGUGGAUUUGAAUUUUCAGCCCCACGGCUAUCUUAUCUUGGCCAGCGACAAGGGCGCCGACACUUUGAGCCGCAACUCGAAGCUGCAAAAUGAGUUGGGCGCCUGCAAUGAGCUCCUCAGUCCGGAGACAUUGCGUCAGCGCUUUCCCUGGCUCUCCACCGAGGACAUUGCGCUUGGCUGCUACGGCACGGAUAAGGAGGGUUGGUUUGAUCCCUGGGCACUGCUCAUGGGCUUUAAAAAGCAGGCACGCGAGUAUGGCGCACAAUUUGCCAACGGCGAGGUGAAUGGCUUCGAGUGGAAUGACGCAGGUCAGCUCUCUGCCGCCGUUGUGUCCACUGGCGAUGGCCAACAACGUACGGUCAAGUUUGAUACUUGUGUGCUGGCGGCAGGAGCACAGUCGGGUCAGGUGGCACGUCUGGCGAACAUUGGCACUGGGCAGGAUGUGCUGCAAGUGGCGUUGCCCGUGGAGCCGCGCAAGCGUUAUGUCUAUGUGUUCAACACACAGGGACGCAAUUGUCCUGGCUUGGCAACGCCGCUUACCAUCGAUCCCGAUGGCACGUAUUUCCGUCGCGAUGGCUUGGGUGGCAAUUUCCUUUGCGGUCGCAGUCCGGCAGAUGACGAGGAGCCAGAGUGCGACACUUUGGAUGUGGAUCAUGGCUACUUCGAGUCGAAUGUGUGGCCCACAUUGGCCAGUCGUGUGCCCGCCUUUGAGUCGGUCAAAGUGCAGAGCAGCUGGGCUGGUUACUACGAUCACAAUAGCUUCGAUGCCAAUGGUGUGAUUGGACGACAUCCGCACUACAAGAAUCUCUACAUCGCGGCUGGAUUCAGUGGUCACGGCAUUCAGCAGGCACCCGCUGUGGGACGUGCCAUCUCCGAGUUGAUACUGGAGGGUAAAUAUAAGACAUUGGAUCUGAGUCGUUUGGGAUUCGAGCGUUUGGUGGCGCAACAACGCAUGCUGGAGGUGAACAUUGUGUAGAAAAGAUCAUGACGAUCUGGACAAUUGGCUAUGGGUUUUGCUCUUUCCAUUUAUUGUUAUGCUUUCUUCUUGUUGUAUAUAGUUUUUGAUAGUAAAAUUCACUUAUUAGUUUAUCGUA